CAGGUCACAGAGAUGAGAGUGCAUAUGGAUUGUGCAGGAUGUGAAAGCCGGGUGAAGAGUUCUCUUCAGAAACUAAAUGGUGUGGAUGACAUUGACAUAGACAUGGCUAUGCAAAAGGUGACAGUCACCGGCUGGGCGGACCAGAAAAAGGUCCUCAAAACUGUCCGGAAAACCGGCCGGAGGGCGGAGCUAUGGCAAUUACCAUACAAUCCAGAGCAUCAAAUUUUGACAAAUCAGUAUUACAGUCUCCAUCAAUGUAAUGGUCCAUUGACAUACCAUGCACCCCAACCUUCAUCUUCUUACAAUUACUAUAAGCAUGGUUAUGAUAGCAGUGAUCCUGGGUAUUAUCGCUACCCUGCACACUCUACAAUCUUUAGCAGUCAGACUGGUUCAGCAUUCAGCGAUGAGAACCCUCAUGGAUGUUCUAUAAUGUGA